GCUGUACUUGUUUUUGUUAAGUUAAUUUAAUUAAUUAGCCAAUAAUCUAAAACUAAUGUUAGUGAGUUGAUACAGUGAAAAUAGGAAAAUAAUGGAAGAAAACGCAAAAGCUGACAAAAUUAUAUCACAGGCAACACAAUGGAGUUUCGAAGGCGAUUGCUCCUUGCUCGCCUGGAUGCAAGAGCUUUCACAGCAUAUAGAACAAAGAGCCACUACAACCAAUGAUGCACUGCAGCAAUUAAACAAAAAUGUUAAACGCACUGCAAUAGCGUUGGAUAAUGCGGCUAAUAGUUUAACAGCAUUACAAUAUACGCAAUUUGUGGAAAGUCGCUGCCAUGAUGACGACGAGACACAAACGACUACAAAAGAGGUGGAAGCGGUAGCUGCGCCAACAUCCAGUGCAAAAACCAAGUCGCCCAAAGAGGUGCUGGAAACCUUUAUGCAGAAAAAUUUACAAAUGUUACACGACUGUCAUGAAAAGUAUGCGCUCGAUUUUGAAGACUCCGAUGAGGAUGACAACACAAACGCUAAUAAUUACAUAUAUCAACCGAAGAACCCCUAUAAUGAUGCUUUGCUGCCACAUAUCUACGGUAGUAAAUUAUGGAAGGAACACUGGCAUGUAGGACUUUGCGAUGGCUCCAACGAGUACUCGGGCGACGAAGCAUCCGAUGCAUUCUCCGAAUCCUCAAGUUCCUCAGCUGCUGAUAAUGAAUCAUAUGAGAGCAAUACAGCAAAUCUCUCCGAAUGGGCUUCGAGCACUUCCAUACCAAUUGAACAUAAACAUCCCGCCUUGAUGGUGGUUCAAAAAGAGCAUGCAUUACCUCCAGCUUCUGCUGUGCGAAACAAGCAUUUGCCAAGUACACAACACAUGCAGAGCAAUGAUGACAGCGAUACCUGCUCCACAACGUCUCGAAGUACCACAACGAAUCCGCCAGUUAGAAUCCGCGAGCACGAUUUAUUUGCUGCUUUACGCCAUGAUACGCCAAUCACCAGUACAUCUACUUCGUCCUCGCCACAGCAACAUAUUGCUGCCACAACGCAAGCCCAACGCACCGCAGCAAUGAUGACAGCGAAAUCCUCAACGAUAGCACCAUUCUUUGAUGUCACACCUCCUACAGAUAUUUUCGCGGAUGCGGCGGCGCAGCCACAACCCAACAGCCGUUCGGAAAAUGAAGCUAUUCAACCAAAAUCAAAUGCCGCUCAAAUUAAGCGUAAACCUGUGAACUUAUUCGAUGACGAUGAUUUCAAUUCAUUCAUGACAGAAGUUGUAGAUAAGGCGCAAACGAAAGCUCCACCAGAACGAAAUCGAGCACCACAAAUGCCUGUGCCGGCCAGUAGAAGUUUGCCCUCUAGAAGUGAGGACGAUUUGCCACCCGCACGAACCGUAGACUUAUUUGCCGAACAACCGAGUAUUAAACCGCCAGCAACAAAUCGCGCAACCGCGCCAAUAGAAAUUGAGAAACCAAAGGAAACCAUAACUCGAAAACCGGUAAAUCUGUUCGACAGUCCCGAAGGUAGUCCACAAAAUGAUGCGCUCUUCACGAGCAACAACAAAACGGUCGAGCGGAGUUUUGAAAAGCCGAAAGACGAAACAGCUCCCGCAGUUGCAAAGCCUAGUAUCACUGCCAAGUCGCUGUUUGACGAUGACGACGAUGAUGAUGACUUCUUAAAUGUGUUUGGUGCUAAGAAGUUGAAUCUGCCACAGCGCUCGACGGGUAAAACGCUACUCUUCGACGACGAUAAUGAGGAAGUAACACGCCCACCUACAAAUACUCGAACAACAAGCAACCUAUUCGAUGACACACCAACUGCCGAUGAUUUCACGCCCACUACGUCGAUAUUUAAGCAAAACAACAACAAUAACAACAAAACGAGCGAUAGCUACACAGUUAACGGUAGUGUUGGUAGCGCGCCGCCCCAAAAUAAUGCAACAGCAAGAACUGUAGAAGAAGCUUUAACAAACACUACAACAACAACAACUGCAACAUCAACGAAUACGAUUUCGAAAUCACAGUUGGUGCACACGCUACCGGCGAACCCCGUUAGUAAGCCCUUUAGCGCUAAUCUCUUUGCUGAUGACGAAAAUGACGAUUUAGAUGAACUGUUUAGUAAGAAGUCAACAAAGCAACAACCAGCCAAAACUGUUAACAAUGAGCCAAGUGAAAAGGUGGCAAUCACGAAACCAAUCUCAAAUGUAACGGCGCCGCAGAAGAAAUCACUCUUCGGCGAUGACUUGGUAGACGACGAUGAUGAUGAUGAUUUAUUCGGUAAGCCUAGCAAUCACUCCAUCCCACCAAGUAAAGCCUCUCUCCGCGUAGAGAAUCGCACGGGCGCCAGUCUCAAAAGCGCAACACUUUUUGGUGAUGAUUUCGAUGAUGAUGCCGAUGACUUGUUUGCUGUGAAACCGGCCCAGAAAGUAAACAUCAGCACUGCAGUUAGUAAGGAUAAACCGGAAACUGCUUCUAUCAAAGACGAGACGACACAAGUUUUAAGAGAGCAAAAAGUAGACAAGUCUUCCAACCAACAAUCAACGGAAGCGGCACUAAUGGGAGCUGUGAAGAAUGUCAGCGCACAUAAAUCGUUAUUUGAAGAUGAAGAUUUGGAAAAUGCGAAUGAUCUCUUUAAUUCUGCGAAGAAAGACACGCUUGCAGGUUUGGAGAAGGUCAAAGAAGAGAGCAAUGAUAUUUCAAACGAAGUAAAGGCUGACUCAGACGCUAUUGGACCCACCCUAUUUGCUUCCAUUUCGGAAAAAGAGAGUGCAGAGUUGAAGCCGCCAGCAAUUAAUGGACUUCUUAGCGAGGCUGAAGAAAAUAUGAGCGAAAGCACGCAGAAGACACUAAUUGCUGACGUCACAGUGGAACAAAAAGUCGAUAAUGAUGAAAAGAUUGUCGCCAAUGCUGAAGAGCUGUUCAAUAAUUUGAAAACGAACUUAGCAGAGACUGAGGAUACCACGGUGGACACAAUGAGCACCACACAAAAGAGUACACCAAAUAGAGAAGAGAUUAAAGCAGCUGAAACAUUUGCGGAAACCUGGAAGCACGAUGAGAGUAACGCUGAAAAUAAACUGGAUCCGAUAUCGGAGCACACGGUAGAGCAUACUGAAGAACCCGUAACGUCACAACACAUAACGGAACCAAUAGCAGAGGUUCCGGAUACAAUGCAAGACAGAGAGAACACAGCUGGCCAACAACAAAAAUAUGCCUCCAUCUUUCUCGAUGAACCACCCGAUGAUGAUGACUUCUUUACAACACUCAGCAAUAACACGAAACCGUUAUCUGUCUCGAAACUAACGCUCGACUUGGAAAGUGAUUUCUAUGAACCAGCCUUGCCACAAGUACCGAAUUCAGCGCGUACUACAACAACUGCAGCGACAACAAACACACAGGCAGGCGCCAGCGAUUACGGUGGUCUACGUCUAUUUAGCGAAAUUCCACCCGACGACGACGACGAUGAUGAAGAUGACAAUAAUUUUGAAUCUGUCAAAAACACCAAACCGACCUCCGAUAACGGCGCUAUCGUCAAUCAGCGUUUGCAUAGUGUUUUCUAUGACGACUUCUCCGAGACUUUGGAGGCCGUGCAGCAAAUUAAGGAGAAUAAGAUUGCGGCGCAUGCGUUGUUUGAUGACGAACCGCCACCGGAUGAAGAGCCAUUCGCUGCCCGAGCAAUAAAGACGUCGAAAAAUGUGGUGGAAACCACAGCCGCCAAAUCAGAUACAGAAAUAAGUGAAGUUGACCAAGAAAAGGCGUACAGUGGAGCUGAAACUUCGAAAGAUGACACUGAUCGUGCAGUGCCAAAGCUGGAAGACACUGCAAUUCCGUAUGCGCCGGAGAAACCGCGCGCUGCCGCUGGCAAACUGCAAAUGCCAAACAUCAAGAUCAAUGUACAAGCACUGCUGCCCGGCGGUGGCGGCAGACCAAGUUUCAAAAAGUCCCCAACCACACCGACGGUCUCUACACAUACACCUACGACAAGUGAAAUUUCCUUACCGCCUCCAGCUGCUGAGUUGAGCAAAGCUCCCACGAGCGCAAGCUUAAAAUCAACGGUAUCCGCUGAAUCGGCGAACGAGAGCCUGCUGCCGAGCGUUUGCAAAACUCGCGUGCGCGUGCCAGCCGGCAGGCGACCAUCCACACGCAGGGCGCGUCAAGAAAACUAUCGCCAAUCGCUCAUCGCGGAGCAGACAGACCACAUAGUGGGAGAUGCCGGCUCGGAAGCUGCGUCCAGCAGCAGCCAGAUAACACGAAAGCCAACGAAUCAGAAUAAAAAUGAAAGUAGGAUCGUACCAUCAACGUCAAACAGCGUUGUCGAAGCGCCAGCAAGCAUUAAUAUUCCUAAGCCAACGGACUUAUUCCCGGACGAAGACGCUGACGCCGAUGACUACGACACACUUUUUAAGCCUGCGCAGACAACCAGAACUCAAACCAGCAACAAUGCCCAGCAGGCGUUGCAUAUAAAGACAGCGAAUGAUUUAAGUGAGCCCGGCCCGUUUCUUCAAACGAAUCCCACACAAGCGGCAACAAAAAGUAAAGUGGAUUUCGUUGAGAGCGAUGGAGACGAUGACGACGAUCUGUUUAAGAGCGUGCGGAUCGCGCCCACAAGCGCAGCGCUGAGGCCAGUGAACAACAGCAAAGCAGCAAUCAUAACAACAACCACACAAAGCGUACCACCAACAAUACCAGCAACUAAAUCGCUUUUCGGCAACACGCCAAGUGAAGAUUCCGAUGAUGAUCUCUUCAAAAGCAACAAAUCGCUGCUAAACACAGACGCACGAACAAACACGAAGGCGCCAAGUCCGCUUACAACAACAACAACAGCAACCGCAGCUGCAUCAGCAAGCCAUGCAGCUGUUGAGCUGAAGCCAAAAACCGAGCGCAAAUUGGACUCGAUUUUUGGUAGCGACGAUGAGGACGACGAUUUUCUGUCGCAACUUAAGCCCAAAAAGAAAUCAAUAGCGAGCUUGUUAACAGCCAGCGCGGUCAGUGCGGCGAAGUCGUCAACUUCGGUCGGUGCUGGCCUGUUUAGUGAUAUCGAAAGUGAUGAAGACGAUCUGUUUGGCGCCAAGAGAAAGACAAUGCAAACCACGGGUAAGGCGAAAGCACCUAUAACAACGUUGCCGUCCGCCAGCAACAAACAAAAGCCAACAGCAACAAAGCAACAGUCACUCGACAAGCAAAAGACUUUAGCGGAUAAUCCUUUGGCAGAUCUGUUAAAUCCAUAACAGGUCGCCUUGCUUGCUUCGGCGGCCUUCCACUAGCAAAU